AAAUCAAUCAUGGAGCAGUUUGUGCCUGCUGAUCGCUCCUUAUCAGUCUGCAGGAAGGUAUGUUACGCAGCGGGACAUUUUCUAAACGACCUGUGCGCCUCUAUGUGGUUCACCUACCUGCUGGUCUACCUCCACUCUGUGCUCGGCCUCCAGAGCACCUCUGCAGGUGUGAUGCUGCUGAUUGGUCAGAUAGUGGACGGAGUCAGCACGCCUCUAGUUGGUUAUAACUCCGACAGAUCAUCGUGCAUCUACGGCAAGAGAAAAACCUGGCACCUGUUGGGAACUGUUUGUGUUGUUGUGUCUUUCCCCUUCAUUUUCAACCCUUGCCUGGCCUGUAACGACAACACUCCUCACUGGGCUCAGAUUGUUUACUUCUCCCCCUUCAUCAUCAUCUUCCAGCUCGGCUGGGCAGCCACUCAGAUCUCACACCUCUCCCUCAUCCCAGAGCUCGUGUCCAGCAACAGCGACAAGGUGGAGCUCACCGCGUACAGGUAUGCCUUCACUGUGGUGGCCAAUAUCACAGUGUACACUGUGGCCUGGCUGCUCUUUCACUUACAGGCUCAGCAAAAUGUGGACACCUCCAUCACAGACAACCUGAGCCAGGUGGACAUCCCCCUGUUCAGGACGCUGGCCCUGGUUAUGCUGGCUAUUGGAGCUUUAUUCUCGCUGAUAUUCCACAUCGGCACUAAAGAGGACGUGACAGCCUCAAGCAGCGAGAAUCAGCUGAUCACACCUUCCCCGCAGGAAGCUCUGCCUCGUCCUGUAUUUCAGUGGAAGCAGUGGCUGAAGGAGCCCUCCUUCUACCAGGUGGCUGUCUUGUACAUGUGCACCAGACUAAUAGUCAACUUAUCUCAGACCUACAUCUCCGUUUAUCUCACCAACUCACUGAUGUUACCGAAGAACUUCAUUGCCAUCAUACCUCUGGUGAUGUAUGUCAGCGGCUUUGUUUGCUCUCUGGCUAUGAAACCAGUCAGCAAGCUCAUGGGAAUCAGUAUGACCUAUUCGGUCGGCCUGUUGUUGGUGCUUGGCUUUGCCACCUGGGUGUUUGUGGAUAAGAGCAUGAGAGCUGAGAACAUCUACGGAGCCGCCGUGUUGCUGGGAGCCGGUUCGGCUACAAUCCUGGUCAUGUCUCUGUCCAUGACGGCCACGCUCAUCGGGGAGCAGACGCAAAGUGGAGCCUUUGUUUACGGAUCGAUGAGCCUCACAGACAAGGUGGCUAACGGUGUGGGGGUCAUCCUCAUCCAGAGCACACAACCAUGUAGCACCGAGGCCUGCUGCCCCGACUGCGUUUGGUUUUAUCGUGACGUCAUGGCGACGGUGACCGGGGGCGUGGCUGUGGCUGCAGCACUUUGCCUGUUCACGCUUGUAAUCUGGCCAAUCAGGAUACGGAAAAAUUAGGCGUUCAAAAUCUUCACUACACUCAUUUGUAGCGAUUGUGUCAUAUAUGUGCCACUCAUGUUAGAGAUUUAACAACCUUUGAUUAUUAAUUGUGUUAUGUUAGAGGCAGGUGUGUUUAAAUCCACUAUUACUAUUUGGACAUUUGUAUUUUAUGUCCUGGAUGAUUAUCUCUUAAUCACUAUAGCCUUUAUAUUACUAAUAUUUUGACAUUAUGUACUUUCAUUAUGAUUUUUUUUUUCUAAAUAUUUUGAGGCUUUUGAGGACAAGCAAAAUGGUGCAGAGGACAGAGCCAUGCUACCACCUAGUGUAUGAAUCUGUAACUGUAUCUGCUUUUCCUGGAGGGGCAAAAACAUUUGCACAAUGCACUGGUCAUUUUUGAUAGUUUGGGCUAUUUUGCUUCCAUAACAUAUCUUCUUUCAGACUAGUGGAAAGAAAACAUAUUUAAACAUACGUUUAUUUAACUAACUUCGUUUGAACUAACAUUAGAUAG